GCAUACUUUCGCCUUAAAUUGAGUUAGUUGCGAGAUAUCCAUUGUAUCGAUCGUAUCGCGCGUUGCUUUUUUCUAAUACAAUAAUAAUAUAAGAACAGCCAUCAGCCACAGAAAAAAUUCUUUUCCUUCCAUUAUUAUUUUUUCGUUGUUAUUUUUCGUUCAGACAAUUUAACGAGAUAUUUGAAAUCAAUUUAUGAUGAUACCUUUCCUAUUUAUGUGCUAACAAUUCCCGACAAACGAUAUAUCGAAACAAGCGAAAAUAAAAUAAACAAAUCAAACGAAAGGCUAAAGUAAGAAGAAAAAAAUACAACGCGAAUAAAGAAGAAGAAAAUCGGAGUCAACACUGAAUUUGGCGUUACAUUGAGUGAGAACUGUUCUGAGUUUGUGAUGUGAUAGCAGUAGUGGUAGCAAUAGAAAUAGUGAAAAAAAAGAGGAGCGAACACUUUUUAAGUGAGACACAAAUAGAACAUAUUUCAGUUUUGUCGACGCAAAAUAAAUAUACGAAACGCAAACAAAUCAACCAAAAUUCGCUACAGUGAGAAUCCGACCUGGGAUUGCAAUUCCAUUAUUGGUGUUGUUUUUAUUCUCACGUAAGAGAAAGCGAGAGAAGUUUUAAUAAAUACCGAUCGACAAUGGGCAUUUGCGAUGUACAGUGAUUGCUCUAUGGAUUUAAUAAGAAAACUCUUGAUAAAUGGCUAAGGAAUAAAUCAAUGAAAUUCUCCGUACAUCGCUAUAUUCACCCAUCAUCUAUCUCUCUCUCUGUGUGUGAACUAAUUUACCUAUAAAUUACGAUUCAAUUCUAUUUCGUUUUACUUUAUGUGCAAGUGUAUAUUUUUCAUCUGGUAAUUUUCGUCUGCAUUGGAUUUUUUUGUAUCGACAUUCUUUGACCAAAUCGCACCAUCUAUAAUCUACCAAUAACUUUCAAGAAGUUUAAUUUGUGCAAAACAAAAUUGAGUACAACGAUUCCAGCAUUUUAGUUAUGCAACGAAUUGUACGUAGUGCAGUGUACCAAAUGAAAAAUUUCAACCAAUGGCCAAACGGUGAAUAAGGAACGUGUUGAGAUUGUGGCCCACAAUUAGCUACAGAAUAUUGCUAUUUCUGAAGCAGUCAUCUUCGACGUGUGUGAUUUCAAUCUAUCAGCACAUUCAUUUUUGCCGCUGACCUGUCCAACCCAUUUACCAUCUACCUGAUUUUAAACUGAUUUGAAAUCUGGACAAUUUGGCGACAAACACUCUCACAGGAUACUCAUAAAACUCAUUCAUUGAUCGUGAUUUCAAAGGAGAAGAAAAAACAGUGCAACGAUUUCAUGUUAUUGUGUUUCCACUGAGCCAAAUAGUAAAGUGUUCGAUCAAGCUAACGUUGUAUCAAAAUUAUUAAUGGUUUAUAUGCUGCUUCAUAUUGUUAUUGGUUAAAAUCAACAUGAGAACGACAAGGAAACAACGUUUGAUUGGGCUACCAGGACUGAAGGCGACAUCAUGUUUAACGGUUGUUCUACUCAUUUUUCUAGAAACUGUACUGCUAUCAACCGUAUCGAAUUGUGCCAAAACAUUUUUCAUGCAUUGGAAUACAUCGAACAGCAUAUUUCGAAUAGACAACACCGAUCACAUCAUAGACGUAAAUAAGGGAAAUUUAGCCUUUGAAUACGAUCAAGUGCAUAUAAUAUGUCCAGUGUACGAGCCAGGCACAUUUGAUAAUGAAACUGAAAAGUAUAUCAUUUAUAAUGUGUCAAAGGUGGAAUAUGAAACGUGUCGCAUCACAAAUGCGAAUCCUCGUAUUAUAGCCAUAUGCGAUAAACCGCAAAAAUUAAUGUAUUUUACAAUAACAUUUCGGCCAUUUACACCACAACCAGGUGGUUUGGAGUUCCUACCAGGAAAUGAUUACUAUUUCAUUUCAACAUCUUCAAAAGAUGAUCUGCAUAGGCGAAUAGGUGGACGGUGCUCCACGAACAACAUGAAGGUUGUUUUCAAGGUUUGCUGUGCACAAGAAACUGAAACGCAGAAUACUACCCAAACAUCAUUGGAUGUUGCAUCCAAGAAUAAUGCCACGACUACCACCGUGGGCAAUACUACCGGCGAACGCACUCCGCUACUAACAAUCAACACAAGCAAUGCUGUCAAGAGCACAAUGACAUGGCUAUCGCGUGACAACGAAGGCAAUGGUGGAUAUCGGCACAGCAUUCCAAUCACCUCCACCAUAUCAGUACAAUCAUACCAUCCACAUCCGACUUCGUCUAGACCUUACAUCAACAGUAGCAAAUUUAAUAAAAAUAACAACAAUAAAAACUUCAACAAUAACAAUUUUAAUCAUAGUAACAAUGCGCCGUCCCAUAAACCAACUAAGAAAACAAACGAGUACGAUAAGCAUCCGAAUGAGGUCGUAAAAAAUGAAGAGCUCACUUAUAACAAUAAUGGUGGAUUCAGUUUGAUGAGAACAAAUCGACGAUCCGUAGACAAUUCCACAUCGUUCCUAUUCAGUUGGAUGCCGCAGCAGUUGUCGUUCAUUGUGUUGACUUUGUCGUUAGUGUUUUUCCUAAAUUAUCUAUUUGUAAUUCAAUCGAUAUUUGUACCGAAUCUAAUACGCGUCAUUCGGUGCAAGGUUCCUGCUGGUACUGAUGCUAAAUCAGAAACAUUUGAAACGGUAGAAGAUAGUACCAAGAAGACGUCCAAAAUGUGUCAAUUAGCAUCUAGCCAGUGCCAAUUGAUGAAUGUGCCUCGCGCCGAUGUUGAUGACAGCGUCACAAUGCAAAUGUGGAACGAAUCAUCAUCGGAGGAUUCACAAUUAGUACAUGUAUCAACGCUAAUACAAUGUUGUCAGACAUCAAGGGCAAAUGGAACUGCAACUGCAACUGCAUCUGUGAAAUUAAUCGAUAAGGCAAUGCCUCCUCAACUAAUACCGCACAAGCGGUCAAUCGUUACUACUAAUUUUAAUGAUAAUACUACACCUUCACCUAAUAACAUUUUGAACAAUACGAAUACUAUUUUAAACUAUUCUAAAUCGACGUUUGUACAUAGCCACUUUAAUCGAACUUACGACGAAGUAAAUGGCACUAUCAAUUUCACAAAUGCAUUCAUUGCUCUUUAUACAAGAAAUAGUGAUAAUAUUAAAUUAAAUAUUAGUAGUGAUAAGUUUAGUUUAGAUAAUGACAGUUGUAUUAGGCAUAAUUCAACUAAAUGUACCGGCGAUUUGCAGCAGCCGCAACCGCCGCAGCAGCAGCAGCACAAGCAGCAUUACGAUAAACUAAACAAUAGAAGUAGUGGAAAAUCAUCAUUGGUUCAGUGUUUUCGGUGAAAACGCUUCGUUUUCCGAAUCGACUGAUCAAAGGUACAUUCAUUCAAAUGUGCACGAGAUUUUAUCGUACUUAUUUAAUUAUAUAAAAUUCAAGAAUGAUGAAGGAGAACAAUGCAGCAAAUGAAAGCCAUAAGUCCUUUGAAUUCAUGCCAGACACAAUUGCAACAGUUGAUGCAAAAUACGCGCAGACUUGGUGGAUACUACACAAUAUAUACAAACAACUUGGCACAUGUGAAAUUGUGAUUUUGGAGUGCAUGGAAAAAUUAACAUUUUAUUACAUUAGAACGCAUGCUACUCGAAGAGCAAAAUGCUAUUCGAAGACAUUUUUUUUAAAACUUUGUUCAAUUUUAAUGAAAAGCUGGAUUUUUCAUUACGUGUUUUUUUAAACAAACAGAAAAUGUAAUCAAUCACGCAACAUUAUUCUAUAUUUUCGGGAUUUUAGUUUGACUGAUUCGAUUUUAUGCAGUGCAACAACAGAACUCCUUGUAUUUCAACCAGUUAGGCACAAUGUGCAUCAUGCAAAUUUGUAAAUAGUUCUGAAAUACAGGUAACAAUUUCAAGACCAUGUGUCAUAGAGUGUAUCGCGUACUUAAUUCACUCGAAUAUAUGGUGAUGUGAUCAAAUCUAAUAGUAUUAUUACAAAUGUUCAAAAUGAACUUGGAAUGGAUCCAGAAUUACAUUUGAAAAGAAAAUUCCAACGAAACUUUGAGUCUUGAAUGAGACUUUCCGCAACUAACGGAUAUCCAAUUCAUCAUAUAUUUUUUUGCUUUCAUUUGAUUUGAUUUUGUUUUUGUGGCAGUUUUUUUAAAUCAGGCUUUUCUUCAAUACUAGUAUAAAUUGCGACGAACUUAUAUGCAACACUUCAAGUGAUAUGAUGACAAACACUUCAUUUUUUUAUUAUUAGCUUACAGCCACUAUUCAUAUUUAUAUUAGAUUCACAGAAUGUUAAAAAUAUCUUGAAAUGGACAAGCAGGAUUCAUGUAUUCAAGUAUCUGUGAAACCGCACAAAGAACAACAAAACACAAAAACGAAUUUCUGGAUAGAAGUGUUAUUUUUGUUGUCUUUGCAAUAAAACGGCACUACUGUACAAGACACAUUCGAACAGAUUUUAAAUUAUUCGAGUUUUAUAGUGAGAUUUAUACAAACACACACACACAUCAUAAGCAAACGAACAAACAAACAAAAACGCCAUUUGAAAUGAACGAAAAGUACAGAAAUUAUUAUUAUAUUUGUUUCCACCACUGCAACGUAUAUGUAUAUUUUACUUGUGUCAAUUUUAGUGCUUUCAGUACUUAAAAAGUCUUUUAUUUUACUUUAACAAAGUUUAAAUUUUUUGUUUACACAUUUUCCAUUCAUUUCGAAUUGCCAUAAUCGAAAAGAAAAAAAUAAAUAUGACAUCGAUAAUUUAAAUUUAAACGAAAAA